AUGCCAGCCGGCCGGCGCCUGUUUAAAAGUUCAUUUUUCUAUCCUGAAUUUGGUUUUGUUUAUGGUGAGAAGGGAGCUGGUUUUGGACUGGUAAUGAAUACAAAUAAAGUAUCGUGGCGCAAACGACGGCAACUUAUGAACCCGGCUUUUCAUCGUAAGUGCCUGAAAGAUUUCAUGGGUAAUUUUAAUAAUGUUUGUGACAUAUUUAUGACUAGCAUGGCUGCAGUUGUUGAUGCUGGUAAGCCAACCAGUAUGGUCCAGGAAUUUACAAAUGUCACUUUGUCUUUUAAUAUCAAUACCCACGCUAUUGAGGAUCCCAAUUCCCCAUUUCCAGGAGCAAUACGGCACUAACUGUGCGGUGUGCAGGACAACAUUGAUAUUCCAUUCCACCCCGCCCUCCUUGGAAUUUCCAGUUCACGUUGUUUCAGAAUGCUAUCAAAAGAGAACAAAUUGAUGCAGCACGAUUUCUCAAGAAAUUUGCCUCUGAUUGUACCACCACUCGGAUGAAGGACAUUGCAGCCGUCCCUGAUGACUUAUCGAGUCUCUUGAUUAAAAAUGGCAGUUUGACAUUGGAUGACAUUAUUGAUGAGUUAAUUUGUGACCAUAUUCCUUGCCGGACAAGAGACAACUGCAAAUUCAUUGUCAUUUACCUUGUAUGAAGUCAUUCGAAAUCCCAUGUUGAAGCAAAAUUUUUAAACGAGAUUAAAGAAAUGCUUGGCGGGCAUGAUUAUGUGGAAUUUGAUGAUUUGGCAAAACUGAAGUAUCUUGGUCAAGUUUUGGAAGAAGGUUUGAGAAAAUACCCUGUAGCACCCCUUCUAGAGUGCUAG